AUGACGAGUCAUAAAUUAUCUUUGUGCACAAUUUUAUGCAAAUCUGUUCAAUAUUUUUCGGAUGCUUGUCUUCGUUGUCAGGCGGAAAAUAAACGCGAGGUACUCGGCCGUCAGGAUUGUGUGGUGGUUUGGGGCGAAUGCAAUCAUUCAUUCCACCACUGUUGCAUGUCGCUCUGGGUGAAGCAGAACAAUCGUUGCCCACUCUGUCAACAAGAGUGGUCCAUUCAACGCAUGGGCAAGUAGCCGACAUGAGACCCAGAUGAUGAGCACAGUUGUACUAUAAAAGAAUAGAAUAUCUAAAAAUUAAGAAUACAAUUGGUAUUGAGAUUAUGUGAGGAAGUUUUCUCAUUAGAUUUAAGCUUCAAUUUUUAGUUGCUGAGUAUAUAAGACAAAAACAUUAAAACACAAAUGUAUGAUGGGAUAAAUGUUGGAAUAAAUUUGAUUUGAGAUCAAUUAUGAAAGAAAACGAAACCAGAAUCAAUCUUAAAUAUGUGAAAAUAUAGUAUGCCUCUGCAUGGAUGGAAGAUAAAAAUAAUAGCAAAAUCACUUCUGUAAAUUAUUAGCAGUAAAUUUUCGUAAUCAGAAUAAAAUUAAAAGAAAAAACAAAAAAG